UUACAUUACAUUAUAAGUUUAAAGCUUCUACAUGACUCCCACUCUACUAUGCAUGUCACACAUCUAAAAUUGUGUCUAUAAUCCUUUAGAAGUAAGUAGUAGAAGUAAUAUAGCUACUUGUAGAGAUGAAGAAGAAGCUGGGAAAUGAAAUUUGGAGACUGAGGAUAAACUGGACUUUCUCAGCAUUUUUGAUACCAGUGCUGUGGACUAGUACAGUCUUAGAUCAAAUGUCGUCAAAUCACAGAUUUGUGACUAAUCCGAAACAGAAAGAUCUUAAUCAAACGGCGAACAGUACGCUGUUUCAUACACGGCCUGGCUUCUUUUAGUUGCCGAAUUGAUUAUUGGGCUUUACCUGGGAUCAUACUUGACCCUUAGUUAUAGUUAUUCUAUAGACAGCAGUGUUGAGUAUAGCCAGCUACAGCAAGAGAACAACAAGACUACUCACAGUGAAAGAGAGAGCUCUAAGAUGCGUGAUUUACUGUUUGGAAUAGAAGGAAUAGGACGUGGAGUUGAAUAUUUCAUUGGACCAGGUAUUGGCGUAUUGAUGUCUUAUUUUUCUGUUGACCAAUUUCGAUCAGUUGGUUGGCUAAACGCAGCUCUGAGCUUGUGCACUCUUAUUCCAUUCAUCUUUUUGUUUCGUGGAGAGAGAAGCUGCAAAGUUAAAAAUUGUCAAGUGAACUGCAGUUUCAAACAUACAUGUCAUUCCAACAUGGCUAUGAGCAAGCUAUCCGUGCUUAUAAUAUCCUUACACAUAAUUAUACACAAACAGUGAUUACAGUGCAUGGAAGGAACCAUUUUAUAUAACGGACACUUUUGUAAAAUUUUUUUGGCUGUUAUUAGGUGGCCUUUUGAAGAGUUCUGAUUAUUUGGGACCCCCUACAUAGGUCCUUAUUUAAAGUUUGCUUUCUUCAGGGGUGGCCGCUAUAAAAGAGGUUUCACUGUAAACACUUGUACUGCUAAUCAUGGCGUUAAUAGCCAUGCAGUAAUCCAUGGCUAUUAGCCAUAGGAAAACCUUAACAGUGACUUCAGCACAUAAUUUCAAUGCACCUACUAGCAUACCUGCUAGCCAUUGGAUGGGGAGUGUUCAAUACAUUAUUGGCCCCAGUUCUAACUGACUCUUUUGGUUUUGACAUAAACUUGACAGCUUACUUUAUUCUGGCAUUCACUAUUCCAAGAGUCGUUGGAUCUAUUCUUUUGAUACUCCUUCAAAAAAUUGGAGUAAGUGUUCAAGUGGUUGGCAUUAUUGGAAUUUUGAUUACCAUUUGCGGCUAUCUGGUAAUGACAGACUGGCAAACUAUACCAUAUGACCCCUGUACCGAGUACAGUCCCUACCACCAUCCAGAACUGCUACAGAAUGUCACAGCAAUAAACUAUACAAGUCGCUAUUCAACAGCUGCUACUAGCAGCAGUCUUCUAUUGCAAAGCUCUAUCAAAUUCAAUUUUGAAAAUAACAGAACACAAUCGUUGUCACUUCAAUUGCCUAUUCAAAUGUUUGAACGUUGCAUGCAAACUGCACAUUGUGACUGUAACAGGGACAAAUCAAAGUGCCUCACUUUUGACAUUGCAGAUGAAAACAUUUUUACCAUACAAAACACUGUGCAAGACGAAAUAAAGCAGCUCGAAGCAUUCAACUGUUCCAUCCACCCAUACACAAUAUGUUUGAAGCGACCAAUCAAUUAUUUAGAAACUCUAAAUGUUGAAGCUCAAAGUGUGCAAGUCCUCACAAAUAAUCAGUUCAAUACAGCAAGUAAUGUUUGUAUUGAGGCAAUCAUACCUCACCAUCGUUGUCAUUGGAUACCGAUCACAAUGUUGACAGGGAAGAAAUGUGCAGAUUGCCCACCUAUCUGCAGAAGCACUCACCAAACACUAACUCUGACUCAGUUUGUUGUCGGAGUGUCGUUGUUUAUGAUUGGCUGCUCAGUUGCCUGGGUAACAGUACUGGCAAUCUCCUCAAAUGUGACACCAAAACCACUACAGGGGAUUGUGAUGGGCACUCUAAAUACAGUCAGCACUCUUUCGGAAGCAACAAGUCCAAUUUUCCUGGAUGCAGCUUAUGAGGGGAUGCAGAAACGAUUAUUUGUCUCCACAAUAACAGUUGCGAUUCUGUUUAUGCCAUUCUUGUUGGAGCUACUAUUGCUUCGUCACCAAAACAUUGACUCACCUAACAACAAAGAGGGCAAGACUGGAGACACCACUGCCAUGCUGGAAGGACUAGAUAAUGAUUAAAUUGAGUCAUUCAUAACCAAAAUCAAUAUAAUACUCUGCUCAUGAGCUCAUAUAUAAACUGUUUGUUGCAAGCACCUUGAAAUGCAUGCUUCAGCAC